AUGGCGUCGCACGAGGUCAAAAGCGAGGGCUACUCCUCGGAGGCCCAAGUUAAACACGAGUACAGUGGCGAUGAAGUUGGCAGAGUCGAGGAAGGUGGUCUUUCCGAUCCCAACCAUGUUGACCUGCACCGCGCCCUCAAGGCGCGACACAUCACUAUGAUUGCCAUUGGUGGUGCAAUUGGAACUGGUCUGAUUAUCGGUACUGGAGAUGCUCUUGCAAAGGCUGGCCCGGGUUCAAUCCUGAUCGCCUACGCUUGGGUGGGUUUCAUCGUGUACUUGGUUAUGUGUGCUCUUGGAGAGAUGGCCGCGUGGCUUCCUCUUCCCUCUGGUUUUACUGGUUACGCCGUGCGAUUCUGCGAUCCCGCGCUCGGAUUCACUCUUGGUUGGACAUACUGGUUUAAAUACAUUAUUCUAUCGCCAAAUCAGUUAACGGCAGGCGCCCUCGUCAUAUCUUACUGGCUUCCACAAGACAGAGUCAAUGCAGGAGUCUGGAUCACUGUAUUGUUGAUCGCGAUUGUAUGCAUCAACUACUUCGGUGUGCGCUUCUUCGGUGAAUUCGAAUUCUGGCUGUCCUCGUUCAAGGUUAUCGUCAUCCUGGGUAUCAUCCUGCUCUCGUUCAUCCUCAUGCUGGGUGGUGGUCCCGACCACGACCGCAAGGGUUUCCGCUACUGGAAGAGUCCCGGUGCUUUCAACCACUACAUCAUGGAAGGCGAUGCUGGUCGCUUCCUCGCGUUCUGGUCGACCAUGGUCUCGGCCACCUUCGCCUACCUGGGCACUGAACUGGUCGGUGUUACAGUCGGUGAGGCGCAGAACCCGCGUCGCGCCAUCCCUCGUGCGAUCAAGUUGACUUUCUGGCGUAUCCUGGUCUUCUAUAUUCUCUCCGUUCUUUUGGUCGGUACCCUGGUGCCAUACAACGACAAGAAGCUUCCCUACAACAACUCCAAGUUCGCCAAGUCGAGCAGCUCCGCUGCUGCCUCGCCCUUUGUUGUUGCUAUUGAGAACUCCGGAAUCCCCGUGUUGUCCCACAUCAUCAACGCUUGCAUUCUGCUGUUCGUCUUCUCCGCCGCCAACUCUGAUCUAUACAUCGCAACCCGUACCAUCUACGGUCUCGCUCGCGAGGGCAAGGCGCCCAAGAUCUUCGCCCGUACCGACCGUCGCGGUGUCCCCGUCUAUGCGCUGGCCAUCUGCUCUUCCAUCGCUCUCAUCGCCUACAUGAAUGUUUCCAGCGACUCCCAGACCGUGUUCAAGUACUUCGUCAACUUGGUCACCAUCUUCGGUCUCCUGACCUGGGUCUCCAUCCUGGUCACCCACAUCUACUUCGUGCGCGCCCGCCGGGCUCAGAACGUCCCAGACUCUGACCUGGCCUACGUCGCACCCUUCGGCAUUGUCGGCUCCUACGUCGCCCUGGCCUUCUGCAUCCUCAUCGUUUUCACCAAGAACUACGACGUCUUCACACACAGCAAGAAAUGGGGCAACUUCGACUACAAGAAUUUCAUCACCGCCUACCUGGGUAUCCCUCUUUAUCUGAUUUUGAUCUUCGGAUACAAGUUCGUUACCAAGUGCAAGGGUGUGAAGCCCGAGGAGGCCGAUCUGUGGACUGGCAAGGAACAGAUCGACCGUGAGGAGGCUGCAUUUAUUGCGCAGCACGAGGCCCAGAUGGAGAAGAAUGCGGGCUCACACUGGUUCUACCGUAAGUUUGUGUCUUGGCUGUUCUAA